CAGUUAUAUAUGAUCGACCAAAUAGUGAGAUAUUGGAAUGCAAGUAACGAUAUACAGAUUAAGGAAUUUAUAUUAUGUGCAAGUAUAUAAAUAGGUGUAAAAUUUAAUAUAAUGUAUCUAGAUAUUUUAAGUUUAUACUUAUCAAAGAUUUAGGAAUGCUCAUUGACUUUUACAUCUUACAACAUAAACUAGAAAUGAGUUAAAUUCUUUUUAGUAAUUGAAUAAAAUUCUCUGAUCUCAUGUUUAAUAUAUCUUUAUAUUUUUUUUUUAUUUACAUCGAAAAAUAUGUUUACAGAAAGAACACCACUUCACACAUACAUACACAUACAUACACUGGAGAGAGACAAUAGAAUAAUAUACAAUAUAUAUUGUAGAAUGUAUACUUAUAAUAGAUACAAUCAAGAAGAAAGUUCGAUUCGAUUUAUUGCUUCCAACUAAUUUUUAAUAGGUUUUAAUUGUUGGUAUAAUAGCAUCUCCCUCAAGAGAAAAUAUAAAAAUUUUUUUAUCUUGAAACUUAGUAUAAAGCUUUCUUUUUGGUUGAAUUGCACAUUGUACAAAAUAAAACUUUACCUUAAUUCCUACUUUAAAUCUUUCAUGUAAUACAAAUAUAAUAGUUUAUAUGAAUUAAUUGCAAUAAUUAAAUCAUUAUUUCAAUAUUAUUUAAUAAACAAAACAAAUGUGGUUUGACAACUAUUGUUCAUAAUCUGUUGAAUUCGACUAUGAAAAUUAGGAUAUAUGAUAGUAAUAAGAAAUAAAAAAAAAUAGAGUACUUAAUACAUAAGCAUAUCUUGUAAUAAGCAAGUAAAAAUUUAAAUAGAAAUAGAAAUAUAGAAAUUUAUGAUGCAAUCCAGAAGUGUGAAAUAUAUAGAGAAUAAAUUAAAAUACUAAUUUCAUUAAUGUCAACAAUAUAAUAUAGUUAUAAAUAUUUAAAGAAAAGUAAAACAAAUGGUUGAAUUAAAUUUGCAUUAUAAAUAUGUUUGGUAUAAUAUUAAUAAACGAGUUUAUUCGAUGUUUAUAAACAGAUCGCGUAAUAACUGCUUUUCAAGGAGGUACUACUAUAUUUCUUAAUGUAAAACCGGUUUGACUACUUCAACUCGAGAGCAACUCAACUGCGCUAUGAUCAUUUAAAAUCAGUGAUUUCUCGACAUCGUAUGAGGUCAAAAGCAGUAAAUAAUUUUGUAAAUAUGUAUAGAAAUCUCAGAAUUUCCAAAUUUCAAGAUAUCAAAUGGAAUAAUAACCGGACAGUAAAUUCUUUGGCUACUUACAUAGAACCCGAAUUGGCAGCGAUAGUACAAGCCGGUACGUGGAAAAAUGAGCGCAUAAUUGCUUCGCCUCAAGGAACAAGGAUCACUCUAUCAAAUGGGAAGAAGGCACUUAAUUUUUGCGCGAACAAUUAUCUAGGUCUAGCGGAUAACAAGGAUGUUAUUAAUGCGGCGAAAACUGCCUUGGAUAAAUACGGCGCCGGUUUGAGUUCUGUGAGAUUUAUAUGUGGAACGCAGGAAAUACAUGUCGAAUUAGAAAAGAAGAUUGCCACGUUCCAUGGCAAGGAAGACACGAUACUUUAUGCAUCCUGCUUCGACGCGAAUGCCGGUAUUUUUGAAACUCUGUUAACUGCUGACGAUGCUGUGUUAAGUGACGAAUUAAAUCAUGCGUCUAUUAUUGACGGAAUACGAUUGUGCAAAGCAAAGAAAUACAGAUACAAGCACAGAGAUAUGAUGGAUUUGGAAAGUAAGCUUCAAGAAAGCAAAUCGGCACGUUUACGCCUUAUAGCAACCGAUGGAGUAUUCUCCAUGGACGGUACUAUCGCACCAUUGCCAAAAAUAAUCGAACUUGCUAAAAAGUACGAUGCUUUUACAUUCGUGGAUGAUUGUCAUGCUACUGGAUUCUUUGGCAAAACUGGCAGAGGAACAGAAGACUACUUUGGCUAUCUGGGAAGUAUUGAUAUCAUCAAUUCUACAUUAGGAAAAGCUCUCGGAGGAGCAGCAGGUGGUUACACGACUAGUAAAAAAGAGGUUGUCAGUUUGUUAAGACAAAAAAGCAGACCUUAUUUAUUCUCGAAUUCAAUGCCCCCACCUGUAAUUGCAGCAGCAAGUAAAGUAAUGGAUCUUAUAAUGAAUAGCACGAGAUUUUUGGACCGUUUAGCAAGCAAUACUAAACAUUUUAGAAAUGCAAUGAUCAAGGCUGGUUUUAUUAUCAGCGGUGAUAAUCAUCCUAUUUGUCCUGUUAUGCUAGGUGAUGCAAAAUUGGCAACAACAUUUGCAGAUAAAAUGAUGGAAAAGGGAAUUUACGUCAUUGGAUUCAGCUAUCCUGUAGUACCAAAAGACAAAGCGAGAAUACGUGUUCAAAUUAGCGCAGCUCAUUCGAUCGAAGAUAUAGACUGUGCUGUAAAUGCUUUUAUACAAAUUGGAAAAGAACUUGCAGUGAUUCAAUAAAUAUAUUUUUGAUGAUAUAAAAGAAAAAUUAUAUGAUUGAUAUAUAUUUUGUUUCAAAUACGCAUUUUUUUUUCGUCUGUGUAUAUAUAUAUAAAUAUUCUAUUCUCUCUAAGCUAACUUAUAUAAAUUAAAUAUUGCAAAUACAUAGUGCGCGCAAAUGCAACACUGAAUUUAUUAACAUGUGCAAUAACAAACAUCGAGCAGUAUAAUAAAGAUUCAGCUUUCUUUAUACAAAUUUCCAACGCGCGAAGUUGCAAGUGUAUAAAACUUCGAAUUAGUUAUAAAGUGUAUAUUGUAUUAUUAAUCAUUAAUUACAUAAA